AUGCAGGAACAGCAACAUCUUCGACAUCAAAAGCAGCAACAAGACAACAGUACGGCACAGGAAGACAUGGAGUAUCGAUUCUCGCGCCCAAUCAAAAUAGUCGAUUACGAUAACGAGCGAUACUCCUGGUCCGCACCAGGCAGUCCUUAUCACAUACGUCGCCCAGCAUUCGACAGGAACCGUUUCUGCUUCUGCUGUAGUUGGAUCUUCUUCGCUAUACUUUGGUUCCUGAUAGCGUAUGCUCACGGUGAUCUCAACCAUGAUCCAAGCACCGGGGAGCGGCUUGGUGAUGGCACCAAACCGUGCGUAGAAGGAACUACAAGCUUUACCGGAUUCCUUUUGUUCAGUGUGGAAACGCAAGUGUCUACUGGGUAUGGUGUGAUCGUGCCAACAGAGGAAUGCCCAGAAGCGUUCUUUCUACUGCUGGCACAGAUUCUUUUCGGGCUCGUCAUUGGCGGUGCCAUGGUUGGGGUCGUGUACGCCAAAAUGAUUCGCACGCCGAAGCGUAGUUUUGAGAUGAAGUUCAGCAAACGUGCCGUCAUCUGCCAACGCGAUGGACGCUUGUGUCUCGUGUUUCGCGUUUGUGAUCAUAAGCAACAGCACAUUAUCGGCACUAAGCUGACCGCCAGCAUUCUUGAGCCGAGGCGCUACCCCGGUACAAACUUGGUGGAAAGAUGCGAGUCUCGUUUACGGUUACAGAACAACGGCCAUAUCUUAGCACUUUGGCCCAUCACUGUGUGUCACGUGAUCGAUCGAUACAGUCCACUGUACGACAUAUCGGCGGCCGAGCUGUUGGAGCGAAAGUUUGAAAUCGUCAUCACAAUGACCGGUGCUACGUGGACGACGGGCCAGAUGACCCAAGCCCGUACAUCCUACUUACCAAUGGAGAUACUCUGGGGACAUCGGUUUCAGAACAUUAUCGAGUACGAUGGCGACCGAGGCUGCUACGUAGCGCAGAACGAACAGCUGGACCUUGUGGAGGAAGUCGACACACCGCUGUGCAGCGCUCGCUUCGUUUCGAUCGAAAUUCAGCAUGAGAAUGAGAAGUAAUCCCAGUUCGUUCGUGCGCUUUAACGAAAUCUAUUCGGAAGAUGAAGAAGAUCAAGCAUCCUUCGACGAGUCACCAAAAGUUUCACCCACGGACAAGA